GGGGGCGGGGCCGGCGCCGCGGCGGGCGGCUACGAGGAGCGGCUGGUGGCGGCGGCCGGUGGCGGCGGCGCGGCAAUGGCGGCGGCCGAGGCCGGCGGCGAGGACGCCCGCUGCGUGCGCCUGAACGCCGAGCGGGCCCGCGCCCUGCUGUCCGACGUGGACACGCUGCUGUUCGACUGCGACGGCGUGCUGUGGCGCGGCGAGACGGCCGUGCCGGGCGCGCCCGAGGCGCUGACGGCGCUGCGGGCCCGCGGCAAGCGCCUGGGCUUCAUCACCAACAACAGCAGCAAGACCCGCGCGGCCUACGCCGAGAAGCUGCGGCGCCUGGGCUUCGGGGGCCCGGAGGGGCCCGGCGCUGGCCCCGAGGUCUUCGGCACGGCCUACUGCACGGCGCUCUACCUGCGCCAGCGCCUGGCGGGCGCACCCGCGCCCCGGGCCUACGUGCUGGGCAGCGCGGCGCUGGCGGCCGAGCUGGAGGCCGUGGGCAUCGCCUGCCUGGGCGUGGGCCCCGAGCCGCUGCAGGGCGACAGCCCCGCCGCCUGGCUGCGCGCGCCGCUCGAGCCGGGCGUCCGCGCCGUGGUGGUGGGCUUCGACCCGCACUUCAGCUACAUGAAGCUCACCAAGGCCGUGCGCUACCUGCAGCAGCCCGACUGCCUGCUGGUGGGCACCAACCUGGACAACCGGCUCCCGCUGGAGAACGGCGGCUUCAUCGCAGGUACCGGCUGCCUGGUCCGCGCCGUGGAGAUGGCCGCGCAGCGCCAGGCGGACAUCAUCGGCAAGCCCAGCCGCUUCAUCUUCGACUGCGUGUCCCAGGAGUACGGCAUCGACCCCGCGCGCACCGUCAUGGUGGGCGACCGCCUGGACACGGACAUCCUGCUGGGCGUCACGUGCGGCCUGAAGACCAUCCUGACCCUCACCGGGGUCUCCUCUCUGGGUGACGUGAAGGACCACCAGGAAAGUGACUGCGUGGCCGAGCGGAAGAUGGUGCCCGACUUCUACGUGGACAGCAUCGCCGACCUUUUGCCCGCCCUUCAAGGUUAAAGCUAGCGUGUCUUUAAUCUCCGGAAUAAAAAAAAAUUGAGCCUUGGUUCCCCAGA